AUGGAGUCAUCACCAUCUUCACUGACGCGGCUCAGCGAUUCCUCAUCACCAGAGAAUCUUGAAAAAUCAGAAAAGUUGUUGCGCGAGAGGUCCAUACGCUCAAAUCGCAGGCAUAAAUUCGUCGACUGUCUCUCCAGCCAGGACGUCAGCAUUGGAGAACUGCGAAAGCUUGCUUGGGCUGGCAUCCCAGUAGAUUUACGCCCUAUGGCUUGGCAACUUCUUCUUGGGUAUCUUCCACUACCUACACCCCUUCGUUCAACAACGCUCGCUCGAAAACGAGGCGAAUACGUUUCUCUGGUCGAACUCGCGUUUGCCCGCGGCCGUGAAGGUCUUGACCAACAGAUCUGGCAUCAAAUUGAAAUUGAUGUGCCAAGAACAAGACCGGGUGUGAGAUUGUGGAUGCACGAUGCAACUCAGCGGAGCCUGGAACGUAUUUUAUAUGUGUGGGCCAUCAGGCAUCCCGCCAGCGGCUAUGUUCAAGGGAUCAAUGAUCUUGUAACACCGUUUUUUCAAGUUUUCCUGUCAGCGUAUAUUGAUUCCGAUCCAGAGUUAUUCGAUCCAUCCAUUCUUCCGAAAAACGUCCUGGAGGCAGUGGAGGCGGAUUCGUUUUGGUGUCUUUCUCGACUUCUUGACGGCAUUCAAGAUAACUACAUAUUCGCGCAACCUGGGAUUCAGAGGAGCGUCAGGAGAAUGGCUGAGCUCGUAGCGCGCAUUGAUGCUCCUCUUUCGUCUCAUCUCGAAUCACAGAAUGUCGAAUUCAUGCAGUUUGCUUUUCGCUGGAUGAAUUGCUUACUGAUGCGGGAGAUCAGCGUCCAGAAUACAAUCCGGAUGUGGGAUACCUAUUUGGUCAGCCCAGACGCUUUUUCGCAGUUUCACCUUUACGUCUGCUCUGCAUUUCUUGUACGCUGGAGCGAAAAGUUGCGACAAAUGGACUUUCAGGGCAUCAUUAUGUUCCUCCAGUCCCUGCCCACUCAAGACUGGGGGGAUCACGAGAUUGAAAUGCUUUUGAGUGAAGCUUUUGUCCUCAACUCAAUAUGGCAUAAUGCUCAGAGUCACUUCAAUGGUAAAUGA